AGAAAGGUUGAAAAGUGAGAAACAACAUAUGCAAGAUCAUAUAAAGAAAGAGCUGGAGAAGCUUGUAUUGGAGAAGGAAUCAUUCAGAGAUUCAAUGAAGCAAGAGAAACAUCUUUUGUCUGAAAAGGUGAAAAAUGAAAAGGCACAAAUGCUUCAAGAUUUUGAAUCGAAGACGAGGAAUCUUGAGAAUGAAAUCCAGAAAAGACAGGAGGAAAUGGAGAAAGACUUGCAGGAAAGGGAGAGAAAUUUUCAGGAGGAGAUGCUAAGAGAGCUUGACAACAUUAAUAACUUGAAGGAUGUUAUUGAGAAGGAAUGGGAAGAAGUGAAGGCUGAGGGGAUUAGGUUGGAAAAUGAGAGGAAGGAACUUGAGUCGAACAAGCAGCAACUGAAGUCUGGCCAACAUGAGAUGCAUGAAGACUCUGAAAUGCUUAUGAGUCUCAGCCGGAAGGUUAAGAAGGAACGGGAAUGCCUUGUUGCUGAAAGAAAACAUUUUCUUGAACUUGUUGAGAAGCUAAGGAGUUGCAAGGGCUGUGGUGAAGUUGUUAGGGACUUUGUUGUAUCUGAUAUUCAGUUACCUGACUUUACGGAAAGAGUGGCCAUUCCCUCACCUAUCUCCCCUGUUCUGAAUGACAAGCCUCCUAAGAACUCCCAGGACAAUGUAGCUUCUUCUGAGUUUAACAUCUCUGGAUCUGUAAGGCCUGUGUCUUGGCUCCGUAAAUGCACAACCAAGAUUUUCAAUUUGUCCCCAAGUAAAAUAGCUGAUGCUGUUGGUGCUUCAGACAUGGCUGGGACAUCACCACUUUCAGAUGUCAAUUUUAGUGUAGAGAACAUAGAUGCGCUGCCUGCAUCUCUUCCUAAUAUAGGAGCUAGAGUUAUUUUUGAUGAACGUCAACCAGCAGGUGGGAUGGCACAUCACUCUUCAGAUACACCACACCUCCAAUCUGAUAACAUUGAUAAAGAGGUUGGUGAUGAAUACUCUCUAUCCAUAGGUGAUCACAGCCAUGUGGAUAGUUUCAUAGAUGGAGAUCCAGGUGAUUCCCAGCAGUCUGUUCCAAAGCUUGGUCGGUGCAAACCUGGGAGGAAAAGCAAAUCUGGAAUUGCUAGAACAUGCUCAGUGAAGGCUGUUGUUGAAGAGGCCAAGGAGUUUCUAGGAAAAGACCCAAAGAAAAUAGAAAAUGCAAGCUUGCAGUCUCUCAAUACUGAUCAUAUCAGAGAAGAUAGUCGAGAAGACUCCAGUUUCACCGAGAAAGCCAUUGGUAACACUAGAAGGAAGCGGCAAUGGGCACAAACUUCCAGGAUUACAGAAACUGAGCUGAAUGCUGGUGAUAGUGAAGGACAUUCAGAUAGUAUUACAGCUGGUGGGUGCAGGAAGAAGAGGCAAACAGUUGCUCCACUGACACAAGUUACUGGGGAGAAGCGAUACAAUCUCAGGCGGCAUAAGACUGCUGGCAAAGAUUCAUCAACACAGAACAUAUCAAAUGCAACAAAGAGUGUGGAGAAAGAAGCUGCUGCUGGUAAAUUGGAGGGUGAUAAAAACAAUCCUGAAGUUUUUGAAACUUCAUUAGCAGUAGAUGAUGACAAUGUACAAGACACAAACCUGGUGCAGGUCUCGACAGUAAAGACUGUGGAGUUCUCAGACGAUAGAGCUGUUAGGUUUGAACUACCAAAAGAUGAUGUUGAUGAAGAUGGAAGAUGGAAGCACUAUUCAUGAAGUUGAAAAUGAUGAUGAUGAUGAGGAGGAGGAGGAGGAGGAAGAGGAACAUCUGGGUGAGGUGUCCAUUGGAAAGAAAAUCUUCAGAUUUUUUACAACGUGAUGGAAGUAGUUAUAUCACAAUAGAUAUACAUAUGUCAUCAUUCCAUAUUUCGGAGAUUAUGCAUGUAAUAUUACUUUGGUGUAGCUUCCAUUUUUGCUUUGGCAUUUAUUAACUGGCAGAUGAGAAGCAUUGUUCUGCUGCCUGUGUUCUCAA